CUUUAAGUGAUUAUAAGAUAGAUAUGUUGUUCUUUUCUUUUAUCCAUUAGAUUUUACAUUUGUGUGCCCAACAGAAAUAAUUCAAUUUUCUGAUCGUGUUGAUGUAUUAUAAAAAUGGAAAUAUUAGGAAUUCAAAUCGAUUGGAUGUGAUAUUUGAGGAAUUUCUAUAGAUUCUUAGUUUUUUCAUAUGAAAUAUUGUAAAUAGACUAGAAAUAAUGGAGGAUCAGGUGAAAUAUAGUUUCCUUUAAUCUCUGAUCUAAGUUUGGUAGAUAUACGUGUGUAAAAAAGGAAAUUUCUAAAAAAUAUGGAGUUAUAAUAGAUGAUUUUGAAGAUCCAGAUUUUGGUGUGGCUUUUAGAGGAACAUUUAUAAUUGAUAGAAAAGGAAUUCUUAGACAUUAUUCUAUUAAUGAUUUGCCUGUAGGUAGAAAAGUAGAUGAGAUUUUAAGGUAUAAAAAUAAUUAGAAUUUUAGACUAGUUUAAGCAUUCAAAUUUACAGAUGAAAAUGGAGAAGUUUGUCCUGCAUAAUGGAAGCCAGGAUAAUCAACUAUGGUUACAAAUCAUGCUGAUCCUAAAACGUAGAAAUAUUGGAAUGAAGAACAUAUAAAAUAAACUUAAUGAUUAAUAACUUAACAUUAAUAUGUUUUAAUUUCUUUUUUAAGUUCCUUUCUUUAUGUGA